UGUUGCACCUACUUCCGGCCGUGUGUACGUGUGUUAUCAGAUCGUCAGUUAGAAUCAUUUCCUACUUCUGAAAUGAUCGCAAAGUGAAAGGAAAACUGAUGUUUCACCUCCUUUGGUUUUUAUCAGGAUUUAUUCAGCUCACAAUCGUGGACGAGAGAAGUCUUAUCAUCACCAUAGCAGCCUCUGAAAGACGUAGAGAAAACAGGAACGGCUGUAAGAUCUAAUCUUACAACAUCGAGAGAAGAGGAAAAUACGUUCCUGCAGCACACUUCUUUGUAGAAUAUUCAGAGGAAUACACAGACCAAUAUGGCGUUGACAGACGAGGCAGAAAUCAGGGAAUACUUCAAUGAGAUGGACUUGAACCGAGACGGUUUUUUGACGGCCAACGAGCUCCAGGAGAUUCUUGAGCAGUGCAACGAGAAGGUCCCAGGGUUUAAGAUUCGACAAUACAUUGCUGAAUACGAUACCGACAAGAAUGGCGCCCUCACGUACGACGAGUUUAUAAAGUUAUACCAUGACAUCAAGAAGGGCAAGGCUUCCGCCGGCUUCCUGACCGCGGUCAAGAGCCGAGUUGGAAUCCAAUCAGAAAAAGGAACGUCUGAUGUAAGCGCAACGGGAACAACUCACUCCUACUCAGUAGAGGAGACUGCUGCUUUCACAGCUUUCAUCAAUGACGAUAGUAAAUUUCAAAAUGAUCCAAUCCUUGGGCCGAGACUACCCAUCCAAGGCGAGGAUGGACUGUUUAAUGCUGUUGCUGAUGGCAUCUUACUGUGCAAAAUGGUCAACAAGUCAAGUCCAAACACAAUUGACGAGAGGGCCAUCUCUACCGGGAAGCUCAACAAAUUCACCCAGCUAGAGAACCUCACCCUGGCCCUUAACUCUGCCAGGUCCAUCGGCUGCAGCGUUGUCAACAUUGACCCCUUGGACCUGCAACAGGGGACCAAGCAUCUGGUACUAGGUCUGGUGUGGCAGAUCAUUCGGAUUGGACUCUUUGCCAACAUUGAUCUGCACAACGUCCCUGGGCUGAUGAACCUCCUCCAUGACGGAGAGACCCUGGAGGAUCUCCAGAAACUCACCCCAGAGGAGCUUCUGAUCCGAUGGGUCAACUACCAUCUAGAACAAGGAGGAUCACCACGUCGCAUCAAGAACUUCUCAGAGGACAUCCACGACUCUGAAGUCUACAGCAUUCUUAUCAAGCAGAUCGCACCUGCAGAUAAGAAGGGAGAACUCGUUGAAGUCGUCCUUGGAAAGGACCUUGAGAAGCGAGCCGGUACAGUCCUGCAGAAUGCGGAUACGUUGGGCUGCAAGGCAUUCGUCACUCCCAAGGAAAUUGUGAAAGGUAAUUCCAAGCUGAACAUGGCGUUCGUAGCAAACCUGUUCAACCAUCAUCCAGCCCUAGACCCCCCAGAAGACAUGGAGUUUGAGGACGUCGAAGAAACAAGGGAGGAGAAGACUUACCGUAACUGGAUGAACAGCCUUAGCGUAUCACCUUAUGUGCACCAUCUUUACUCUGAUCUGUCCAACGGUCUCGUACUGUUACAGCUUAUUAACAACGUGAAUCCUGGAAUUGUCAACUGGGAUAAGGUCAACCAGGGUGCCACGCUGAAGAAGAUGGGCGGCAACAUGAAGAAGAUCGAGAACUGCAACUACGCCGUCGAUCUCGGACGAGAGAUGAAAUUCUCCCUUGUUGGAAUCGGAGGUCAGGACAUCCGAGACGGGAACCAGACCCUAACGCUAGCUAUUGUCUGGCAGCUGCUCAGAGCUUACACCUUGGGCAUCCUACAGAAGAUCAAUGACUCAGACAAACCUCUGACGGACCCUCAAAUUGUGGAAUGGGCCAAUAACAAGCUUGAAGAGGCGGGCAAGAAGUCCAAGAUCUCACAUUUUAAAGAUCCAUCCAUCUCUGACUCCAAGGUGAUCCUUGACCUCAUGGAUGCCAUCAAGCCUAACUGUGUGAACUUUGACCUCUACAUUGACCCCAGAGAGGACCCCAGCACUUCAGAGGAAACGAAGCUGAAGAAUGCUCAGUACGCCAUCACCAUCGCUCGCAAGAGUGGCGCCAUGGUCUAUGCCCUCCCAGAGGACAUCGUCGAGGUCAACCCCAAGAUGGUCAUGACCAUCUUCGCCUGCAUCAUGGCGCUUGACCAGGUCUUAUUAGCUCAGAACUCUUGAAAGGUCACGACCCUGAUCCUAACCCCGACCGAAACCCCGACCUUGCACAUAUCUCGCGCCAAUAUAAAAUGUCAUUUUUCAUUGUAUAGUAGUAAGCUGAUGAUGUGAAUGACAGUAUGAUUUUUUGUAAAUUUCAUUUUUUGUGAGUAUAUUUCUGGAUGAUUUUCAUAAAGAAGUAUUUAGGUCUGUACUUUGUGUAAACAUUGCUUUUGGUGAUUUUUGAUGUUGUUAGCAAUGUAAAAUAUACCGUGUUGUCUUAAUUUUUGAUUAUUUGUAGGCGAAAAGAAAAAGAUAUCCUGUUUUUCGACCCAUGUCAUAUAUUGUUUCCAAUUUUUUGAAGAUAUAUUUUGUUUAAUGACUACUGCAACUACAUAUACAUGUAUAAGUAUAGUCUUUGGAGAUUUAUGUUGAUUUACAGAUGGAUAAUCUCUUUCGAUAUCAUACCGUGGUUGUAUUUUUUUCUCGUUUUAUUUCAUUGAUCAUGAAAAAAAGAACGAGUACCUAACGAAAGAAAUGUCCAUUGUGGCUCACCGUCCAGUAUACUGAAGGUUCUAACUUGUGCCUUAACGCAAGAGAGGUAGAUAUAGUCCAUUGGAUAAAUCACUGGACUGUGGAUCACAAGGUACAGGGUUCAAGUCCUGCCACGGCACUAAUGUCCUUUGGCCAGGCAUUGAUCUGCAUUUGCCACUCUCCACCCAGGUGUUAAAUGGGUACCCAGUAGGAUAAGAACAUAAAUGUGGUUUGAUUGGCAUGUGUGCGCUUGUAAAAUGGCACCUAUUGGGAAUACACCCCAGGGAGCAGAGCAAUUAUAAUAUAUAAUAAUUACAAUGUAAAUCGCUUUAUAUUGAGAGCUAUACGAAUGUGACUACGGUAUUAUUAUUCACUAUAUUUAAGAUCCUUGUGCUGACGUUCAUAUGAGGCUAUGUUUAAAGAGACUGACAGCGAGACCAAUGAAUUAUCGACUUUAAAUAUAUAUCGAUUCGUAGUGAAGUAUGAGUUAUGAUAAAUGCCCUUUUUAACACUUAACCAGCUUUGAUCCAAUCAUGGAAAGAACAGUUGUCUGCCACAUUAGACGUUUGCCACACACACGCAGUGUAAUAGAUAUCAUAUCCUCUAAACAUUGUGGCAGUCACUUGGCUUCUUCCAAUAGCGAAAAAAUAGUUAAGAGGAAAAAUAGAACAUAGAACCUAUGCAGAAUUCAAUGAUAUUUGUAUAUUCCUUGCUUUUGAGGGUAGAAAAUGAGCGGUUCAUAUAAAAUGCAAGUAUGUUAGCAUUGUAAUUUUAGAUUAAUACUUGAUUUACAUUUUUUAAUUUGGAUUAGAUCAAUCAUUGGUGCCGGUUAAUGCUAUUAUUGCACUACACAAUCUCAGCUCUCAUUUAUAUUUGAACUAAACAUAGGAAUACAUAAUUCAUCAGUAUAUUUUACAAAUCAAUUGGUACAUGUUUAUAUACUAAAGUAAGAAGUGUUCAUGAACCUUUGUAGGAAAAAAAAAUAGAUUCACAAAAUACGGUUCUUGUAAUAUGCUUCAAUUUUCACCUGUCUGUAAGAGUUCAAACAUGUUAUAAUCUAGCAACAAAUAGCAUAGGAACAAAAACAAAGUGGAAACAAAAGCCUCAACAAAUCAUAAGGUAUGAACAAACAGGGCUUAAAAUAGAACAAUAUUUAUCAAAUCCCAUAAACUAGUCGGUUUUAAUCGAAAGACUUGUGAAUCAAGAUUUAUUUCCAUUCAAUUUUUAAAAAAUCUUUGAAUGUGUCGUUUAUUCACCAAAAUACUAUGUACCGGUACCUUUUUUUUUAAGGCCAGUAUUAAUACAUAACAUGCAAAUGAAACGAUCAUCCAAAGAAAUAUAAGUGUAUACAUGUAUAUCAUCAGGAUUUUUUUAUAGAAACAAAUCAAACAAGCAAGGCAUCCCGUGCCAUGUCCGUUCUUCCAUAAAUCGCAAGUACCCGUAUGAAGAUAUAUGAGUGGAUUUCCAUGAUGUAUUGAGUAAAGAGAUGUGCAUAUAUGAACAUGUAUAGCUAAACCCAAAUCUUUCAUAUGAAGGUGUUCCGGGCCACGUUGCAUAAAACUUACCAUUGAUGGUAAUAUUGCCAUCAAUUGAAGUAACCAUGGUAACGGCUCAACAGCCAAUCAAAAUCAAGGUUUCCAUUGUAGUUACCAUUGAUGGCAAAGUUACCAUCAAUGGUAAGUUUUGUGCAACGGGUCCAGGUGUUGUAAUCAAACAUUCCUUUGUAUUAGAAGCCUUUUCUGUGAUCCAUCACGAAAUGACUUAUGAUGUCUUAUCUUAAUGCUCAAAAAGUGUUAUUAAAUAUUAUCUCACGUUGUACACACAACUAUCCCAUUCUCCAUGUGCAUAUGAUGUGUAUAUGCUCGGCUUAACCCAAAUCUUUCAUAUGAAGGUGUUCUUGUGUAAGUUGUAAUCAAACAUUCCUUUAUAUCAAAAACCGUUUUCUGUGUUUCGUCCCAAAAGUGACUUAUGAUGUCUUAUCUAAAUGCUAAAAAAGUGUGUUUAAAUAAAUUCUCACACUGUACACACAACUAUCCAAUUCUCCAUCGUUUAAAUACUUAUUAAAAAAAUAGUAUACUUUUCGCUUCUUUCUUCUUUUAGUUGUAAAUCUGUAUUAUCAUUUCAAAUGAUUGUGUUGUAUAUUUCUUUCUAUUUUUUGUUCUUUCGUGCCUGCAGGGUUGUAGCGAUAAGGUAACAUGUACAAAUCUGUUUUUAGAAUCUUAGAUACCGUGUUUGAUUGCAUUUGCUCACAUUAUGACCACAAUUUAUAUAUAUGAAUAUGUAUUAUACAUUUGAUGUGUCUCUUUAACAAUUUGCAUGUACAAGUUGUUUUUUCUUAGAUGAAGAAAGGGUGACGUAUAGUGCCAUGUUAUACAUUUAUUACCUCUUACCAGGUGUUGCUUAACAGAAUAAUAUGAAUAUUUAGUGCAUGAUAAUUUUAUAAGAUACAAUUGCACAUGGUAAUUUGUGACAAAUUGGUGUAGUACUACACCUCAGUUUUCACUGAAUGAACAUUGUGCCGAGCCUAUUUCAUUGAACGAAAAAUGUUCCAUUUAUGAUCAUGAUUUAACUCUAGCAUUUAAUGUUAUUUGUGAGGUUUAAAUUUCCUCUGAUAAUGCAUCAUCAUUCCAGUUUUCUAUUCCAAAAUACUUUCAUACCAGAUUUUUUUUAAAAUGUUACCUUGAUUUUCCAAUCUUAAUUCUUACCUAUGCCAUGUUUCCCAUAGUUUGGCAUCAUUAUCAUCAUUUCCUUCACCUUUUAAACAAAAAAAUUCUUCUUUUUUUUCCCUUUUUUUCUUUUGAAUCAAGAUAUGAUUGUGCUUUUGAUUACGACCAAAGGGAUAUGAUAAGAAAGAGAGAAAAAAAGAUAAAAGUCUUUACUAACAAGGGAAUCUUAUAUAAAUCAUAGAGCCAUUCCAAAGAAUGUUAUCAUUUGUCACGUCCAGAGGCUCAAAGUGAUAUUAUGAGACAAUGUAGUCUUUGCUAACUAGAAAUUUUACGUACAAGUUCACAUAAAGCCAUUCCAAAAAAUGUAUUGUGUCAAUAUUAAAAAAUAUUUGUGGUUCUGUAACGUAUGAGUUCAGUGGGCAUUUCAGCUUAGACAACAUUUAUCAUGUGUAGUUGAUCUGAUUUGUACAUGAGUUCGGAUGAUUUCUUGAUUCAAUUUUUUUUUAAAUAUUACACAGAUUUGCGUCCAGAUAUUGCCUCUCGAACCAGAGCUUUCAAACCAAGAAUAAACGUUCAUAAUACUGUCUUUCUACUUUCAUAGGCCUAUAUUAACCUGUUGACAACUGAAUCGUUGAAUUCCUAUAGGCUUUAUAUAGGAGCCACCCGGAUCCAGGAGUCAAUAGGUCAAUAAUUGUUUGUCUUGUUUCUUCACCUAAACGCUGCACCUUAUUUGUGAAUCAGUAAUGCAUCUGUUUUUUUUACCUACAUGAAUAGUGUUCCCAUUUUUCCUGCACUUAAGCACUGCAUUUAAACAGGUAUUAGUAAUAUACACUCACUGUUAUCUUUUCAAAUAAUACUGUUUAUACAGAGUCCAUUCCUGUGCCUAUUUUAACGAUUAUGUGGUGUAUAUAACCAGUGUUUGUCCUGUGCUAUUAUGGAUUUCAUAUUAUGUAGCUUCACUUUUGGAAAAUUCCAUAUCAUAGAAAGAAGUUGGUUUUGAAUAUUCAUUUAUUUAUCUCUUUUUCUCCAUGUAUUUUUUUUGAGGAUGGAAUACAAAAGAUAGUUUGCAUACCUCUUUUUUUAGUACCAAACAAAAAUUGAAUUAAAUUAGUUGUGGAAAUGAAUGAACAUCUCAUAUUUGUCGCUGUGUUUGAAGUGGGAUUGGUUAAAAAAGAGCAUUAUGUUUCACGCAUAUUUGCAUGCAUUAUACGAAGAGCACGUUGUUGGUUUUGUAGAAAGACACUAUAGAUUAUCACCUAAGAUCAUGUAUUUCAUAUGUAGUCAUGAAUAUUCAAUAUAGUCAUGAAUAUGCAUCUCUGUGUUUGGUAGUGUUAAUAUUCAUCAAAAGGUAACUUUUGCACGAAGAAAUAUGUAAUUGAAAAUCAUGAUUAACGUAAAAUUAUAUUAUAUAGCUUUAAGUAUGUGUGUUUUGUAGGUUGACAAUUCACCAAAAAUUGUGUUAUCUUGGUAUUAAAAGGCAUUCCAAAUGUUGCAAAAUAUAUGGGAAUGGAAGGGACAGAAUGAUUUAAUACAAUGUGAGGUAAAUGGCUUAUUUUUGGUAAUACUUAGUUUCACAAAUAAAUAUUGGUUUCAAAGGAA